AUGCAACCCAACCUCUAUCCCCCACUGAACUACGGCUACUGCAGGACGGGAAAUACUCCGUUCCCGCAGCUAAGCUCAUCAAUCGAGCACUCAUCAAGCAAAGAGCAGCAGAACAACAAGAGAUCUCUCGAGCAGAAGAAGAAAGGUACAUCAGUGCAGCGCUCCGAAAUGAAUGACUCUCAGAGCCGCUCACAGUUCGGAGCUCCGUUAGCCCAAAGCCAACCAGUACAAAUAGCUACCCCCUCAAUCUACAAACAGUCCCUAACACCGCGCCCUUCAGUCCUUCACCCACACUGUCUAGCACGAGAUCGAUUAAGGCUUUGGGUACCAGCAGGAGAGAGUACCAGGCAACUAGCGUCGACGCUAGAGAAGUCGCAGAACCACGAGGUAUCGGAUGAACAAUUGGAUCGAAUCCUAGAUGUGAUAGGGUCAGUGUGGGCGCAAUCCACAAAGGAGACGUAUGGGGCGGGUCUCUUAGUUUUCCACGUAUACUGCGAUAUCAACCACGUUGAAGAGGACAAGUGUUGCCCCGUUAACCCCAACCUUCUCCUAGAGUUCCUGUCCAGCUGUGCUGGUUCCUAUUCAGGGUCAGCAAUAGCAAACUUCGUAGCCGGCAUUAAAGCCUGGCACUUACUCCAUGGUAGAGCCUGGAUGAUCCAACCGGGAGAGCUUAAAACAUUACUCAAAGGUACAUCGGUCCUCGCUCCUCCAUCUUCGAAGUGUCCAAAGAGACAGCCGUUCAACUCCCAACUUCAUCACAUGCAUCCGCAACCAGAUGGACUUAAACAAACCGCUUGA